AUGCGAGUGUUGGAUUUGAAGCACUCCUUUUCUGGGAGCUUUUUUGAGUUUAAUGGAGCACUCCAGGCAGUAUUAGUCUUACUUUUGCUUCCAUGUUGCUUGACUGUAGAUUUUAGAGCACCGCCACUUAUACCUAAUGUGCCUUUCCUCUGGGCCUGGAAUGCCCCAACUGAAGCUUGUCUCACAAAGUUUAAUGAGCCACUAGAUCUUAGUUUGUUCUCUUUAGUGGGAAGUCCCAAAAAAACUGCCACGGGUCAGCCUGUCACGAUAUUUUAUACUGAUCGACUUGGCCUCUAUCCUCAUAUAGAUGACUCACAAACAAGUAUUCAUGGAGGGAUACCCCAGUUGGGAUCUCUGAAAAAUCAUUUGGCAAAAUCAAGGAGUGACAUCGAGCAUUACAUGCCAAUAGACAAUGUAGGCUUGGCUAUCAUUGAUUGGGAAGACUGGAGGCCCACCUGGUCAAGAAACUGGAAACCCAAGGAUAUUUACAGGAAUAAGUCUAUUGAAUUGGUCCACCAACAAAAUAAGCAACUUAAUUUAACAGAAGUCACCAGGAGGGCCAAAAAAGAAUUUGAGCACGCAGCAAGAAAUUUUAUGGAAGAGACUUUAAAAUUGGGGAAAUCACUUCGGCCAAAUCACUUAUGGGGUUUUUAUCUUUUUCCUGAUUGUUACAACAAUAAAUUUCAAGACCCCAACUACAAUGGACAUUGCCCUGAUAUAGAAAAGAAAAGAAAUGACGCUCUCUCCUGGAUAUGGAAGGAAAGCACAGCCCUUUACCCAUCUAUAUAUUUGAAAAGUGACUUGAAGUCAUCUCCACAGGCAGCACUCUAUGUCAGAAAUCGGGUACGAGAGGCCAUUAGGGUGUCUAAGACAAAGGAUCCUCAUAAUCCAGUUCCUGUUUUUGUAUAUUCUCGCAUUGUGUUUAUCGAUCUGACUUCCCAGUACCUGAAUCAGGAUGACCUUGUGAAUACAAUUGGUGAAACAGUUGCUCUGGGUGCCUCUGGAAUGGUAAUGUGGGGAACUCUUGGUUUAGCACGAAGUAUGAAAUCUUGUCUGACCUUACGUGAUUACUUGGAGAACACACUGAAUCCUUACUUAAUCAACGUCACCCUGGCAGCCAAAAUGUGUAGCCAAACACUUUGCCGGGGUCAAGGCAUGUGUUCGAGGAAAGACUGGAAUUCAGAUGACUACCUUCACUUGAGCCCCCAAAAUUUUCAGAUUCAAUUUGUGAAAAGUGGAAAGUAUGAAAUCCGUGGCAGUCCCACCUUUGAUGACCUACAGUACUUUUCCAAAAACUUCCGUUGCAACUGUUAUGCCAACCUGAACUGCAAGGAGAGAGAGGACAUGGAAAAUGUGAACACUAUCAGUGUGUGUGCUGUGGAAGAUGUUUGCAUUAAUUCCUUUGUCAUUGAAGAACCUAACGCUCUACCUGUCAACUGGAAACACCCUAAUUUUGCUAAUAGCAAUCAGUCAGAUAUUAUAUCAUCUGCCACAAGAGGUCCAUGUGUGCUGAGGAAAGAUGUCAGUGGCUAUCUCUUUGUUCUCUCUAUCUAUUCACAGCAUUUGAAAUAUUGGCUAUAG